AAAGUCGUUGUUGAUUCUAGCACCGUAUUUUGAUAUAUUCCAAAUUUUAUACAAUUUUAGUUUAAAAAUAUGGAAAACGUCCGAAAAAGAAAGCUGAUUAACCACUCCAGUGAUUCAGACGAUGAAAACGAAAGAAAUAAUUCUACGAGAUCAAGGAGUACGGAUGCUCCAAGAUUAUGUCCCUACUUAGAUACAAUCAAUCGCCAAUUUCUCGAUUUUGAUUUUGAGAAACUCUGUUCCGUUUCCCUUUCGAGAAUCAAUGUCUACGCUUGUUUAGUUUGCGGGAAAUAUUUCCAAGGCAGAGGCACAAAUACUCACGCAUACACCCACAGUGUAGCUGAAAGUCAUCACGUCUUUUUAAAUUUGCAUACUCUCAAGUUCUACUGUCUCCCAGACAAUUAUGAAAUAGUCGAUUCGUCACUGGACGAUAUUAAAUACGUCCUCAAUCCAACUUUCGACAGAGCCCAGAUCAAUCAGUUGGACACGAAUGCAAAACUUUCUCGAGCCAUUGAUGGAUCGAUGUAUUCGCCAGGAAUAGUUGGCUUAAAUAAUAUCAAAGCAAACGACUAUUGUAAUGUUAUCCUUCAGGCCUUGUCGCACGUAACACCUCUACGAGACUUUUACCUGAGAGAAUCGAAUUACGACAAAGUUAGAAGGCCUCCUGGCGAUUCGUCCUAUCUUCUAGUUCAGCGGUUUGGAGAACUCAUGAGAAAGUUGUGGAAUCCGCGAAACUUUAAAACCCACGUUAGUCCGCAUGAAAUGCUCCAGGCUGUUGUCUUGUGGAGUAAAAAGAGAUUUCAGUUUAUAGAACAAGGUGAUCCUGUUGACUUUUUAUCAUGGUUUUUAAAUGCGUUGCAUUUAGCCCUUAAUGGCACAAAAAAGAGGGGUUCCAGCAUAAUUUACAAAACUUUCUUGGGUCACAUGAGGAUAUACACUCGAAAAAUUCCACCUCUUGAACUUGAAGAAAGUCAAAGGAGCGAGUUAAUGAACACAUUAGAGUAUCGCGAAACAGUUACGGAAAGUCCAUUUUUGUAUCUUACCUGUGAUUUGCCACCUCCUCCACUUUUUAAGGAUCAAUUUACGGAGAAUAUAAUUCCUCAAGUAAAUUUGUACACUCUCUUAAAUAAAUUCAACGCAAUAUCAGAGAAGGAGUACAAAACUUAUAAGGAGAAUUUUAUGAAGAGAUUCGAGAUCACGGAAUUGCCUCCGUAUCUCAUUUUGUACAUUAAGAGAUUUACGAAGAAUACUUUCUAUGUAGAAAAGAAUCCAACGAUUGUCAACUUUCCAGUCAAGAACGUUGAUUUUGGUGAUAUUUUAACGCCGGAAGUAAAAGCGAGACAUCCGUUUACGACUUACGAUUUAGUGGCCAAUAUUGUCCACGAUGGUGAGCCUGCUCACGGAACUUACAGGGUUCAUAUAUUACAUCGAGCCACUGGCCAGUGGUACGAGAUGCAAGAUUUACACGUUACACAGAUUCUCCCCCAGAUGAUUACGUUGACGGAGGCCUACAUACAAAUUUACGAACUGAGGAAGGACACGCAACAGUCGAAUGGUGCAAAAUCUUAAUUCAUAUUUAACUAGCUUCAGUAUGAAUCACUGUAAAGAUAAGGGAAAACUUGUUGGUGUUCUUCGGUGCCUUCCUCCGCUACUAAUCACCACGUCAGAGAAAGACAAAACUGUUUCUUUGUCGUUACGCCGUACAAACUAAGAUGUAUCUCUCAAAGUAUCCAUUGGUUUUAAUAAGAAGGAACGGUAGCGGAAGCCGCGAAAAAAUCUUCAUAUAUGUAUACCUUAGUCAACAGUUGCUCCUGGCGUUCAGAUUUAAUUUCGGUUU